AUGUUUAACUGGGUCGAGGAGUGGAACAUCUCUUUUGCAGGCUGUGGAUUCAGGAGCAUUUACUACGUGGGAGCUUUGAGCUGUAUCCUGGAGCGGGCUCCACAGCUGGUUCAUGGUGCUUCUAAAAUUUGUGGAUCUUCCUCUGGGUGUCUCGUGGCUGCAGCUCUCACUGUUGGCAUUCCCAUUGAACAGUUGUGUGCUGAUAUUUUAACCACAGCGAAGGAGGCAAGAAAACACACCCUUGGAGUUUUCCACCCGACCUUCAGCCUGCUCCGGACAGUCAGGGACUCCCUGCUGGAAAAGCUUCCAGAAGAUGCCCACCUCCGGGCUUCUGGAAGGCUCUGCGUGUCUCUCACCCGAAUAGCUGAUGGGAAAAAUGUUUUGGUGUCCGAGUUUGCCAGCAGAGAGGAGCUCAUUCAGGUUCUCAUGUGCAGCUGUUUUUUCCCUGUUUACUGUGGUUUCAUCCCACCUUCAUACCAUGGCAUGCGCUACAUGGAUGGAGCACUGAGCAACAUGAUGCCGUUGUCCGAGCAGAGAAACACCAUCACCAUAGCCCCGUUCUCAGGUGAGAGUGACAUUUGCCCCAGAGAAGGGUCAUACAAUUUCUUUGAAGUCCACUACGGAAACGUCAGCAUUCAGGUCAACACAGGGAAUGUAUAUCGAGUCUGUACAUCCUUCCUCCCCCCCAGACUUGAGAAGCUGGCUGAGAUAUGCCACAAUGGCUACAUGGAUGCUCUUUGUUUCCUGAGAGAGAAAGAUCUGCUUACAGCACAAAAUAUUCACAGCAGUGCAGUGGUAGGAGCCAAAUCUCCUUGCUGUGAGCAGAUGAAGGAAGUGGGUCGAGCAGAAGAGAGGAUGAUGAAGUGUCACAAGGAAAACCAUCAGUGGCUGGACCACAGAGUCAUUGAGAACCUCCCAGUGGCUAUCAAGAAAGUGCUAUGUGAGGCAUGCAGGGAUAGUCAUGACGGUAGCAGCUGGAGGCCGCAUUACAGGGACUUCCUGACAAUGAAUUUGUUUACCUAUCUACUUACCUUCCUCAUCUUACCUGUUGAGCUGACCAUCUUUUUUACCAAAAGCGCAUCUCGAGAGAAUAACUGCAUCUGCGGGUCAUCUGAUUCAGACAGCAGGAAUCAGAGAGGACGAGACAUAAAUACACAAACUCUGAAAUCAAAGAUGACCUCAAAUUCUAAAAUGAAUCUCUGCUGGGACACCAAUGGCAACAUGGACCUUAUGCCCCCAGUCUCAACUAGAACUGCAUCUGGCCAGGUGAUGUUAAACACACCAGGAAAUGGACCUGUAAUCAACCAUAAAGAAAGUGGAAAAAAGAUUGAUUAA